AUGCUUAUGUAUCACUCUCUCCACUUUACUCUUUCUCCUCUCUGUCUGUGUCUCUCACAAACAAAGCACGCAUUCUCGUUUAUGUCGGAAACCCAAAAAUGCUCACCACCAACUAUGGCUCAUCAUCGGCUGAAACAAUCGCAAACAACGAGGAUCUGGUGACCCAGAUCCUGAUUCGUGUACCCGUCAAGCCUCUCCUUCGUUUCAAAUGCGUUUCAAAGCAUUGGCUUUCCUUGAUCUCCAGCUCUCAUUUCUGUCACCACCACAACCAGAACCAGAACCACAACCAAAACCAAAGCCAAAACCAAAACCACCACCCCACUUCUCUCUCCGCCGUCAUCCUCCGCCGGAACCCAUCACUCUUCCAAUUGGUUCCUCUCAAACCCACUAAAACUACCACCACCGCUCCCCCCUUCACUUCUCUCCAUUUCAUCAACCAAAACAGCCCUUCAAAUAUCAAGAUUCUAAACUCUUGCCACGGCUUGUUCUUGUGCCGUAGUGUCCAAGAAAAAAACAACAUCAUUCACCAAAACAAACACCAUUGUUACCACGUGUGUAAUUUCACAACCAAACAAUCCACAACGCUUCCUAGUAUUAAGAGUUUUAGUCCCAACGAACCCAUUUCGAUAUUUGGGUUUACCUUAGCUUUCGAGCCUUCUAAGUCACCGCACUACCAAGUUGUCUGCGUUCGGAGCACUAAUGUUUCUGUGUACUAUUACCAAAUCGAAGUAUAUUCCUCCAAGACUCGAACUUGGAGAACUUCUGGGUCUCCCUUUGUUGCUCCAUUCGAUAUAGUGUUCGAUAAUGGGGUGUAUUGUAACGGUGCAGUUCAUUGGAUUUCUCCAUCUGGGUCUGCUUUGUAUUUUGAUAUUGAAAGAGAGAAAGUCGAGAAAAUGCCGAGGCUUGUUGAAAGUCGGGGUAAAAGAAGGUCCAGAUAUUUCGGAGAGUCUAAUGGGCAUUUGCAUCUUGUUGACAUAUGUGGAGUUCGGACUACCAAAUUCAAAGUUUUUGAAAUGGAGAGGGACUAUUCUAAGUGGUUUGUGAAGUAUGAGGUUGAUCUUGAUGAGAUCGUGGCUACAUUUCCUGAGAUGGUGAAGGACUAUCUUGAUCCUUGUGACUCUUAUUAUUAUGCAUUCGUUAUAGUUUUUGUUGUUCGGAAUGAGAAUGAGGAGGAGUCAUCACUCUUGUUGCAUAUACCUGGUAAGAUCAUAUCUUAUAAUUUUAGGGACAAGAGUUUUAAGAAGGUUUGUGACUUGACUCGCAUUCGCAACGAGAAUAAGAGUUCUUUGCAAUUUGGGUGGUUGGAUGCAUAUCAAUUUGUUGAGACUUUGGCAUGUGUUUGAUGAUUUAUAUACAUGGACAAAACUUAUGUACUGCAGCCACAUGAUUAAAUAUAAUUGGAAAUAUGAAGUACUAUUUCGGAAUUCGUGUUCCUUAUGUUGUAAUUAUGCACACUUCACACUUGUAUGUUUUGCUAUUUGUACCAUACUUUCUAUGUAUCAAUAAUGAUUAAAUUUCCACUUGUUUGCUUUUGA